CUCACUCAUCACUGGACUGGCAUAUCACAACGCUGCUCCGCUGACCACCUGUUUGGAGCCCACCUACACUACAGUUGACUACAGCCACCCCAUCGCCCAUCCCCUUUCCCCCAGCCUCAGAUACUGCUCGCUCAAUCUCUCCCACUGUAUCCAAGUUCGGGACUUUCCUUGCCCCGCUACACCCAACAUUUUAAAUAAUUGUAGGCAACUAGGAAUGGCAAAUUUUGCAAACUCCCAUGAUGGUCAUGAUACGACUGAAAUCUGAAAAUUCGUGACUUACCAGGUACGUCUUGGCAACGUUCAUGGUUGUCAUGCCUCACAAAGCACGAGGACUCUAUGAAAAAUUAUGAUAAUGCAAUCACUGUUCGUCAUAUCUUGUAUUCUGCGUACUGUUUCUAUUAAAAUUAGGUGCUUCAAAAGACUAAUUGCAGAUUUGAAUGUAGUGAUACUUUUUUCAUAUGAAGCAAUCUUUUGCUUGGAACACAGUUGGUCUAAUCAAAGGCAAUUGACCGCUUAAUCUAACUUUACUUUUUGGCACUGGGGAUCCCACUGGGCUCAGUGAAGCACAAAUUGACCCUGCAACAUGAAAGAUAAGGAGUAGGAAUUUUAUGUUUGAAAGCUUCAUGUUGAAUUAAACAAAGUCUUCUGUAAUUUAAUUCUAAAGUGUAAUUUACCAUGAAUAUAAUGAAUAUAAUGAAAAUAAUGGAGUCCAUUUAAACCGAAAAUGGAUCGCCCAAAAACAAUAUUCCAUGUUUUUUUCUUUUUCUUUGUUAGAAAACUCGAUUUCCCAAAAUGCUCCCAUUUCUAAAACAAAAAGAUAUUGGGGAUUAUUUAGAGUUCUCUAAAUUUUCACUAACAACACACAAAUAGCACAAAUCAUAGUCUUAGGCGUUUUGAAAGAUACCAAAACAAGAAAUAAACACUAGAAAACACUUAUGUUAACUGUGGACUAGAGAGAGGCAUCAUCAGUGUGCUGUUAGUUUACCUUUAUCACCUGUUAUUAGGCCUACACUCUGUGCAUAAGUCAUGUGACGCAAGGAAAGCAAAUGUGCAUCUGUUCUGCAACCUUAGGUUGGUCAUGGCAAAUAUCUCUGUGAAACUAGUUCACGUAGGCCCUACACAUAUAAGCUCAUGACCACGUGUGAUGUGUUUCACAAUAUUGCUUACAAGGGCUUUAAACUUUCUCACUUCUCUAUCUCUAAUCUUAUCUGUGUUUUGAGUGACUGUUCGGCAGAUGUUCAGCUGACAAUGUUGAAGAGAAAGCACAGCGCAUACAGCCUGAACCUCCAAUUGCAGUUACUGAAAGAGAUAUUGACCAACAUCAACAUUGGAUGAUCUGUUAGUGCUACACAACAAAAAUAGAAAAUGGCCAUUUCUGUAGAUGUGGUGAAAGUGAUUGUAUUGGCUGGCCUGUUGGUCAUGACCUUUUUAUUUGGAAUGAUCCCUGUUUUCAUCAUUAAUGUUGUGAAAAAGGCGUCGCACAGAAAUAGAUCAGAUUCAAGCUCUAACAUGGAAACCGCGGACCAAAGGAGCAGACUGUCAUCAUACAAGAGAGUUCUGAGCUUUCUGAAUUGCCUUGCUGCAGGAGUAUUCCUUGCUACUUGUUUUCUUGAUCUUCUUCCCAGUGUACAGCGUAAUCUAAUACAGGUUCUCUAUGAUAUGAAAGUGUACACUGGAUUCCCUGUCGCAGAGUUUAUUUUAGUUAUUGGUUUAUUUAUUAUCCUCAUAAUAGAACAAAUUGUUCUGACUAUUAAAGAGAGACCUGCUGUUGUGCAAGAGGAAAAUGACCCCAGGCAACCAUUGCUUGGUCACCAAGAAGAGAACAAGGAUGAGAUGAUAGAGUCGUACCACAGUGACUACUCUAUUGGAGGCAUUUGUGAUGAGCCUCACGUGACUGUAACAGAGGGUGCUGGUGCUGAUGCAGUACACUCAGAAAAGGUGUCAAGGACUCGCAGGCAGAAGGUGGGUGGUACUCAAGCUGGCAUACAAGCAGAAGAAACUGACGAUUCUGUCUCUGGCGGUGCCAGUUUUCAUAGAGAACAUGCCAACGAAGAGCACGGACACCACCAGAGACACUCUCCAGCCGACCAUUCUCUACAGGUGCACUCCCCUCUGAGGACAUUACUGCUCUUGCUUGCUCUCUCUUUACAUUCUGUGUUUGAAGGGUUAACAAUAGGCCUGCAGCUCAGUGUAGGAGAAGUCCUGGGUAUUUUUGCCGCGUUAGUUCUCCACAAAAGUAUUUUGAGCUUUAGCUUAGGUAUGAAUUUAGUUCAGAGCAAACUUUCGGUGAAGUCUGCUAUUAAGUCAGUUGUUGUUUUUUCUUUGUCUUCUCCAGUAGGUAUUGCUAUUGGUAUCACUAUCACAGACCUCUGGGAUUCUGUCUCCUCAGGUUUAAUCCAUGGUCUACUUCAGGGCAUUGCCUCUGGCACUUUUCUGUACAUUAUUUUCUUUGAAAUCUUACCUAAAGAAUUUAAUUGUGAAUCUGACAGGCUGCUAAAAGUUUUAUGUUUGAUUGUGGGCUUUGCUGCUGUGACUGGUAUUCUAUUUUUGGAUGAAGAUGUUAAAAAACCAUUUUGUGUUAUCAGAGAGAGUGAGAAACCAUGACACUUGUGAAAAAGAUUCUUUGCCUGUUGUGUUAUCAAAUUUUUAUGAGAAACAAUUUUUUAAUUAUUAAUUAGCAAGACUUUAUGUGAUUUUCGCUGUUCAGAGAAGUGUGAUAAUCUUACACAGUGUGGACACGGAUUUUACCAUUAUGUGUUGUUUAAUGGUUUACAUCUGCUAAAGAAGUCUUAACAGCUGUGGUGUUGUUUAAGAGCCAGUACAAAACU